AGUGUCAAAUCCUCAUAGCUCUCAUCCCCCCUCACAAUAUCUCUUUCUAUCUCAAUUCAUUCAGAUCUACAUCUCUCUCGUUUCCUCUUCUUCCUCUCCUUUUUCUCUUCAUGGGCCACUUCUUCUCCUCCCUCCAUGCUAAACUUCAUGGGAAAGGUUGGCGAGAGGGGCAACUAAGGAACAUCAGUGAUCAAGCCUUCGAUCGGGUUCGAAGCGACUCUGAUGAUCCUCACCUCACUUUCGAGGACCUCUAUAUAUCGGUUCUUUAUGUCUAUAAUGAUAUCAACAAGUAUCUCCCAGGACCUCACAAUGAUCCUCCCACUAAAGAGAAGCUUAAAGCUAUGAUGGAGCAGUACGACAUGAAUCUCGAUGGAUUGAUAGAUCGCGAAGAGUUCGCGGAGCUUAUGAAGAAACUUACGAAAGAGACAGCUAAGUCGGUCGGCCAGAACCUACUCAUCGGACUCGUCUUGGUCCCGACUGUCGCAUUGAUAGCAAAGAGAGCCACCGAAGGAGUGCCGGUCGUCGGCAGGGUGAUGCAAAAUUUGCCCAACUUUGUCUAUGCCUCAAUUGUGGCUCUUGGGCUUGGGGUUGUGAUAGUGAAAGAGGGAAGUAAUGAUGGUUAAGUCCUUGAUUCAAAAUUUGCUCAAAUGGAGGGUUAACGAUCGAUAUAAAUAAAUAUAAAAUAAAUAGAUUACUCGAUAAGAAUUUAAUGUUGAUGUAGUCUUAGUUUUGAAGGCAAAAGCUCUUUAGAUAUGAUGCUUUUGCUUUCACCGAAAGCAUGAUUGUAAUGGCCGAUACAUACCCACUUGAAAGAGAAAAAAAAAAAUUCAAAGUCAUGGCAUUGCACAAAUACAAAUAUGAUCUAUCAUCGUCAA